AAAGAAGAAGAGCUUAGUUUCCGGGUCACCUCUGCUACUCUCUAACCGAAAACUAUUAGCAUGUAGCAGAAUAAGAUAACGUUGUUUCUGAGCGGGUUAAAGGUCUGUUGGCCCGUCCUGGUCCCGGUGUGUGGUCCUGGUCCGGUUUUUGGAUGUGUGUAAAAUGUCCGGGUUUAAGGAUCUGAAAGAUCUGCUCCUGACAGGACAAACAAGAUCUGGAGAAGAAGAGGAGCUCUACCGAUCGAGAAAAACUGGGCUGGAUGAUGAUGAUGGGAUCAGAACACCUGAGCUGAUCCACAUGACCAGAGCAGCAGGUAAGCUUCAGGCCCGGCCUGAAAUAAGGGACACCAAUUUUUUUUCAAUCUCUUGGAGUUGGCAACCCCAAGUGUGUUAUGCAGAGAGACGCUGUCAGAAAAUACGGGAAAAGGAGCGUCCCGUUGUAGUUCAUUACGGGACAUUUCUUUUUGUUUCAAAUACGGUACGAUCCCGUUUUUUACGGUACGGUUGGGAACCCUACGAUCGGCUGAUACGGAGUUCCACUCUCGUCAGGGCAGUAAAGGCGUAGGGUGAAAACAACGAAGUAAUUAAUUAGACAGGCUGUAAAUAUACAACGAGUAGGGAAAGGUUAAAACAGAUACAAACUAUCAUAAAUAAAACAUAGGCUAAUCAUCAACCAGAGAUAGAGACAAUAUAAGUAUACAUACAAAAGGAAAGAAACAUGUACAUAACGAUGUGUUUAAAACAUGAUUAGAUGAGAUUUUAAUAAUAUUUUAAAGGAUUUGAAGGAUGAUAUUGAUUUUAGAGAUCCAUUCAGAUCAGUCCAUAUUUUCUGUCCUGUAAAAGUGAUAUUAGACUGAUGACAGAAAAGUAACUGAAGAUGGUCAUUUUGUCUUGUUGAGUAUGGUUGAAGGCCAGAUGAAAAGGUUAAAAAAGUUUCUGAAGCAGUCAGGAAGGAUUUGUUUCUUAUUGAUGAACUCAUGGACAAACAAAUGAGAGACGUUCAACUCAAACUCAACUCAAAUCAACUUUAUUCAUCCGUUAGGAGCUUCAUUUGCAGAGAAAGCGCCAGUGCAGAAACAAAUAAAACAAAGCACAUGUCCAUUCACAGAUCACAAUCUACAUUAAAAACAAAAGGUCAAUCAUACUAGUCCUCCUCUACAAUAUUGUGUAGCAAUCAGCUGUUUAACAGGCGGAUGGAGGUGGGUAGGAAGCUGGAGGUGGCCCUCUUUGUCCUCAGUGGGAGCAACCUGUACCUGUGUGAAGGCAGCAAAGUGAGGGGUCAGUGGAGAUCUGCUUGCCUUUCCUCAGGACUCUGGUGUUGUAGAUAGUGGUGAGUGACUGCUGUUCCUGACCAAUGAUUUUGCUGCUGAUUUUGAUAAUUUUAUUAAGAGUGAAUAAGGGUGAGUGAGUCAAACCAGGCAGUGAUGUUGAAUGUGAGGAUGGAUUCAAUUUAACAUUUAUAGAAAACAGCAAGAACAGACUGGUGAACCUGACGUUUUCGGAGCUUACGGAGAAAAAAGAGGUGCUGUUGGCAUUUUGAAAAAAUGUGUUCAGUAUUGAGUUGAAAUGUAAGUUUAUGGUCGGUUAUGGAGCCGAGAUGUUUCUAUGAGGGGAGCUUUUCGAUUGUUUCAUUGUUGAUUGUAAGUGAGGGUGUAGUGGAGUGGCCAUGAUGGAAGUAAAUGACCAUUUCUUUUGUCUUGAAUACAUUAAGGUCUAGAUAGUUGUCCCUACACUACAGUGAAAAAGGGUCCAGUUCUGUUUGCAGUAGUCCGACUGUGUUUGUGGUGUCCAUGAUUACUGUGUCAUCUUGAUGUAGGUUAUUCCUGGGGUGGUGCUCCUGCAGUCUUUAGUGUACAGAGUGAAGAGAAGUGGAGAGAUGACCGAACCUUGAGGUGAGCCAGUUGAUAUUGUCCGAAUAGUGCUGAGGUGACCAUGCACCCUUACCCUCUGAUCCCUCCCUGUGAGGAAGGAGAGGACCCAGAGGAUGAGGUGGGGGUUAGCGUUCAUCUUGAGCAGAUUGAGUUUGUCAAUCAGUAAAAUUGGGGAUUUAGAAAAGAGAGGUGCAGAAGGUUCAUGUCUGCUUCAGGGUUAGCCUGGGUGUUAGCUUCAGUUAUAAAGUCAAUGUUAGCUUUUGUCUUAGCCUCAGUGUUAGACUGGCCAAAAGGAGGACCACAUCAUUCUCAUGUUUGAACAGCCGUGAGUCCUGGAGGCUGUUGGAGUUAAUUUGCUUCUACUGUAAAGACAGAUAGGACCUUUGGGUCCAGGAUGAACUGUGGAUCAUGUUCAAGUUUUGACUCUGGGUCACAGUCGAGGAGGUCUCCUGCUGCUUCUCUCUCUCAUACCUGAUAAUCUCACAGCUUCCUUUAUUGUCUCUUUUUAUAAUUAAGAGUCUCUUGUCGUCAUCCAGCAGCUGUCCACGAGUAAAGAAGAACCUCCUGAGCAGCAGGGGAGAGGGGGAGAGAGGAGAGAGGAGGAGGACAGAGGAAGUCAGAGUCACAGUAAUUCUGAUAGAAACUGUAUCAGAGCUGUUCGAAACAAUGACACACAACAUCUCUAUCACUGACAUCUAUAAAAUAAAAUAAAAAUCACUGCCCGUGUUAAAAUAAAAACCGUUUUAGCCUAAAAAGGUUUUGGGUUUGUUAAAGUUUGCCUGUCUGUCUGUAAGAAUUAAAGAGUCAGAGUUUUCAGUUUUAAAGCUCCUCUGUCAAAGUGUAUAGACAUACAGUUUCUAGAUGUUUAAUGAUUGAAAGCAUCAUGACUCCACGUUUGUUUUUCUUCAUGUGUCUUUCCUAGAGUUUCCUGCAGACUCCCAGUUUUCAGAGGGUGAGGAGGAGCUUCCUGAGCAGCAGGAGGGGAGCUCCAGUUUAGACCAGCAGUACCCAGCAGAACCAGAACCCCCCCACAUUAAAAAGGAAGAGGAGGAAGUGUGGAGCAGUCAGGAGGGAGAGCAGCUUCAAGGACUGGAGGAGGCUGAUACCAACAAGAUCUCCUUCACUCCCGUCUGUGUGAAGAGUGAAGGUGAUGAAGAGGAACCUCAGUCCUCACAGCUUCAUCAGAGACCAAGGGACCAGAUGGAACCAGGAGCUGAUGAAGAGGACAAUGGAGAACCAGAACCAGACAGGGACUCAGAUCUAGAGACACAUGCAGAGAUUGAAGUCAAGCUGGAUGAGUCUGGAGCUGAGACUGAUGACAGCGAGGACUGGAAAAAGACUGCAGAGCAGCGUUCAGUAUCGAACCCUGAAGAGAUGAGCGAAUCUAAAGGAUCACGCUCGGACAGGAAUCUGAAGAAUUUUCUGCUUCGCUGUAAAACAUCCAAAAAGAUUUCAGUCAGACUUCACAAAGGAAAGAAGAAAUUCAGCUGCUUUAAGUGUGACAAAAUAUUUCAGCAUAAGUCGAAGUUGACAGCUCACAUGGCGUAUCACGAGAGAGAGAAACUCUUCAGCUGCUUUAAAUGUGGUCAGAGAUUCAUUUAUGAGAGUUUUCUGACCGAACAUGUUCGAAUUCACACAGGAGAGAAACCCUUCAGCUGCUCUGAGUGUGGAAAAAGAUUUAAUUAUAAAAGAAAUCUAAACAGACACAUGACAAUCCACACAGAAAAGAAACCCUUCAGCUGCUCUGAGUGUGGGAAAGGUUUUAACCAAAAAGUUCAUCUGACCACACACAGGAUAACUCACACAGGAGAGAAACCCUUCAUCUGCCUUGAGUGUGGGAAAAGAUGUAACCACAAAGUUAGUUUCAUAGUUCACAUGAGAAUUCACUCUGGAGAGAAACCCUUUCACUGCUCUGAGUGUGGGAAAAAUUUUAACCAUAAAUCUAAUCUGACAGCUCACAUGGCACAUCAUGGAGGAGGAAAACUCUUCAACUGUUCAGAGUGUGGGAAAAGAUUUACCCGGUUGGAUCAUCUGAGUGAGCACCAAAGAAUUCACACAGAGGAGAAACCCUUCCACUGCCCUGACUGUGGGAAAAGAUUCAAAUACAAACGGAGUCUGACCUAUCACAUGACAAAUCACACUGGGGAUCAACCCUUCAGCUGCACUCAGUGUGGGAAAAGCUUCUCCUAUAAAGGUCAAUUGACGAUACACAUGAUUGUACACAAGAGAGAGAAACCCUUCUGCUGCUCUGUGUGUGACAAAAAGUUCAAGUAUAAGAAAAACAUGACUCAGCACAUGGAGGUUCACAGAGACGAGGUCUCCGUAUGUCCACGGUGUGGGAAAAGAUUUACUCAAAGAGGUCGUCUGACAGUUCACAUGAGACUUCACACAGGAGAGAAACCCUUCAGCUGCUCUGAGUGCGGAAAAAAAUUCAACUAUAAGUCUAAUUUAACAGCUCAUAUGGCACACCAUGGAGGAGAGAAACCCUUCAGCUGCUCUGAGUGUGUGAAAACAUUUCUGUGUGAACGUCAUCUGAUAGACCACGUAAGAAUUCACACAGGAGAGAAACCGUUCACCUGCUCCGAGUGUGGUAAAAGAUUCACUUAUAAAAGGUGUCUGACCCGACACAUGGCAAUUCACACCGGAGAGAAACCGUUCAACUGCUCCGAGUGUGGCAGAAGUUUUAACCAAAAAAGUCAUCUGAUGAAACACAGCGUUAUUCACCUGAGAGGAAAACCCUUCAACUGCUCUGUUUGUGGGCAACAAUUUAACCUGAAAGGACGUCUGAAUGAUCACAUCCGAAUCCACACUGGAGAGAAACCCUUCGCCUGCUCCGACUGUGGCGAAAGAUUUUACUAUAAAAGAAGUUUGACUCGACACAUGGCCAACCAUAAGAGUGAAAUCCCUGUGGCACAAGAUGUUUAAAAACAGUCAAAGCUGAAACGUCAGGAGCUCCAGAGCAGCAGAUUUGAACUCAACAGUCUCACAAUCAGCAUUUCAGAGCAACAUGAAAAAAAAACAAUCUGAGGAGGGAAGCGAGGCAGAAACAGGACUCCAGAUCCAAAAAGACAAGGAUGAACAGAAACUGAGGUCAAGAUGGACAACUUUAAGAUUGGAGGGAGGAGAAUCAGUCAGCUUUAGGAGAGAGGAAUCUCAUAAAUAUGAGUAAGAUGUUUAUAUGUGUGCUAGUUUUAGCUUCACUUGACCUUAACAGGAAUCCUCUGAGUCAUUUAGUCGACAGAACUCUCCAGAGUUUAGUUUCUUCUUUUCUUCCAGACCAUGAACACGCUUGAGGAGAAGCUGCUGGUGUGGUUGGACAUGAACAAACAAACAAACAAACUCUCAGAGAAACCCGACUCCUGCUGCUAACUGGAGAAUUAUCCUGAAGGGACUGACUCGGAGCUCAGGAAACUGCUGGACUUCUGGACUUUUCAAGUUCCUUUGUUAGCUGCUUCAGUCUGAGCAGAAAUGUGACAGACCUCAGAGUUCUGAACAUUUGUGUGUUGUCUAAUCUGUUGUGAUUUUAAAGUCUGAAGGAUCUCCUUGAAGGUCAAUAAAAACACCAGGGUCCCCGACUUUACUCUCACUGUAGUCUAUAAAACAGGGACUCAAACCAGAACUAACCACUGCUCCACUGCAGCCACACUGAAACAAAGCCCCCUAAAAGAAAGGAGGAGAUUCUGGAAAGACCCAGCAAGUUCUGAAGAGUGGAGACAGGUGUUGGUCUGGACCUCUGAAUGUGCAGAGACUGCCGUGACAGGUUCUGAUCAGGUAUCAGGGACUGGUCCAAGUCCAGUUUUAAA